GGGAACGGGAACGGGAACGGGAACGGGAAAAGGACCGGGAAAAGGGCCGGGAGCAGGCCCAGGCCCGGGAGCCGGGAGUCAACAAGAUGUCGAGCCUGCACAGGAGCCGGAUUGCAUAUUUCCAAGGUGUCCUGAGUGAGCCCAAAAUCGCCCUGGAAAAGCUCCGUGAACUCUGCUUCAGUGGGAUCCCUUUUGAGGGCGGAAUUCGCUGCCUUUGCUGGAAGAUUCUUUUGAACUACCUCCCUCUGGAGAAGGCCUCAUGGACCUCCAUCCUGUCCAAGCAGAGGGAACUGUACUCCCAGUUCCUGAAAGAAAUGAUCAUCCAGCCUGGGAUAGCCAAAGCCAACAUGGGCGUCUCCAGAGAGGACGUGACCUUUGAAGACCAUCCACUCAACCCCAACCCCGAAAGCCGGUGGAACACGUACUUCAAGGACAACGAGGUGCUGCUGCAGAUAGACAAAGAUGUCAGGAGGCUGUACCCAGACAUGUCCUUCUUCCAGACCUGCACCGACUACCCCUGCCUGCUCAUCCUGGACCCCCAGAAUGAGUUCGAGACCCUCCGCAAGCGGGUGGAGCAGACCACCCUGAAAUCACAGACGGUGGCGCGGACCCGAAGCGGCUUCACCAACAUGAGCUCCCCACACAAGACCCCAGCCCCGCAUUCGCUGAGCGAAUACAAGGUGCUGCCCAACGGCUGUGAGGCUCACUGGGAGGUGGUGGAGCGCAUCCUGUUCAUCUAUGCCAAGCUGAACCCGGGCAUCGCGUACGUCCAGGGCAUGAACGAGAUCGUGGGGCCGCUGUACUACACCUUCGCCAACGACCCCAACAACGAAGGGAAAGAACACGCUGAGGCGGACACCUUCUUCUGCUUCACCAACCUGAUGUCCGAGAUCCGGGACAACUUCAUCAAGAGCCUGGAUGAUUCCCAGUGCGGCAUCACCUACAAGAUGGAGAGGGUGUAUUCCAUCCUGAAGGAGAAGGACAUGGCGCUCUACCUGAAGCUGCAAGAUCAGAACAUCAAGCCCCAGUUCUUCGCCUUCCGCUGGCUGACGCUGCUGCUGUCCCAAGAGUUCCUGCUCCCCGACGUCAUCCGCAUCUGGGACUCCCUCUUCGCCGACGACAGCCGCUUCGACUUCCUCCUCCUCGUCUGCUGUUCCAUGCUGGUGUUGAUCCGUGAGCAGUUGCUGGGAGGGGACUUCACCCAGAACAUGAGGCUGCUGCAGGAUUACCCCAACUCGGAUGUCCAUCAGAUCCUAAAGAAAGCCAAGGAACUUCAAGACUCCAAUUAGCCCAGGGGAGGAGGGGGCAGCGGAGAAGUCCGGGGGCUCUGGAUGCCACCCUUCCCCCCUGGCCCGGGGGGUGGUCACCCCCGCCUCUGGGCCCGCCGGUUUGUGUUGGUCCUUCGGACUCCAAGAGGCCUCUUCCCCCGCCGGAGCCACCGGGGCAGCUGAGAAGGGGCGGACCACCGGGCCCCCGCCCCUUGCCUCCGUCUGUAGGGUAUUUUCUUCCCCUGGUUUGAAUUUGAGUUUGGACCCUCACGAUCGGCCUUCCGCAGGGUCCGUGGGAGAGGCAGGGGCCGGGCGGGGGGCGGUGAGUGGCGUGUCUCCCAAAGUUGAUUCAAACCACCAGGGACAUUAGCAGGUUAGUAAGGCUGAACUUGCCGGGGAGGCGGGAGAAUGGGCUUGGGGUGACUCCCUUCCUGACUCCACCUUCCCAUCUUUCUUUCCCAGCUCCUCCAGGGCAGCGAUUUUGCUGUUUCGUUGCCUCUUGGGGAGUUGGGGUGGAGGGAGGGUGUUAGGGGGUGCCCACCCCUCCCUUGGGUAUGUGAAUCACCCAGGGGCGGUGAUUUGUUGACUGGUGCUGCCAGUCUUUCCCUCUCCAGAGAAAAGCGGAGAGUGGCCCAGGAUUCCUGCCCUUUGACCUUUCCUGCUCACUUGCGCUUGUGCUCCGUUUCUUUCUCCCUCCCUCCCACCCCCAAAUCUCCCUCUCCCUCCAAGUUGCCUGAUCCCAGGCUGAUUCCCCGCCAGCCGUAGCUGGGUGGGAGAAUGAGCCGGAGGGGCAGCUCUCCGUGACACUAAAGCCUUAGAGCAGCAGGCCGUGCCGCUGCCUGACGUCUGCACUGUCGUGGGCCCAGGCGGGGCUUGCGACUGCUGCUGCCCCCUCGUCUCGGAACCGCCGUGAUCCGCUCGGAUGAGGAUGUUGCCUGCGGGGCCAGGUUCAGGUCUGCCCUGGAGGAAACUGGACUUCCCGUGGAAAAAUGGCCCGGGGCCCGCACAACCCUGGCACUCUUUCCUGUGCCCGGGGCAGGAUCCUGACCUUCACUCUGCUGCCUUUAUCACCUCCUUUCCCACAGGGACCAUUCGGGCUCAGGGCACUUGUCGGGACUCGUUCCUCUCCCGCCGCCGGUGGAGCCGGCCGGGAGCGAGCUCUGGGGAGGAGGGCAAGACCGGGAAAGCGAGUGGUCACUCCACGUCUCUAGGGCCAGCGGUUUGAGGGAAUUCAAGAGGGUCUGGGCUGAAAGGGGGUGGGUCUGGAGUCGGUUCUAAACAAGGGGACCAGGGAUCAGGAAAUUGGGACCAACCGGUGGAUGGAGGCCCCCACGGAGCGGGACCACCUCGGCUCUGUCUGCCACCGGGGAGCCCUUGGCCGACCGUUUUUCCCCCUGGUUCUGACAGGCUCAGUUUCCUGCUUUGUCAGGGCCCAUGGGGUGCCCUGGGGCUGGACUGGGGUGACUCUCAAUUUCUUGGAUUGCGCACUGGAGGGGCCACUGGCUUCCCCUCUGCCAGGGCUCAGCUAUCUGGUUUCUGGGAAGAGAGGGAGCCGUGGCAGCCCCCUCCCCUGGGUCUGCGGCUCCUUGGGUAGCAAGGGCGUGGCCGCACGGCUACGUUUAGGACGCAUGGGAAACAGAAAGCUUGCUACCUAUUCAACCAUCGGGAGCAUUAGGGUCAAUCGGACCGUCUCUUCCUGCACCCAGAGGGUUGGUGCAGUCCCGUGCCCCUGUUCUUCCCCCCCCAAACCCCACACAGGAGGUGGACGUGGUUGAGGGAGGGGCCUUCAUCCUCCGGGCAGCUCAGACCCAGCAGCGACCACCCCGCUCUGUCCACUUGGCUCAUUUUAACUGGCUGCUCAGGCCAGACCGUGCCUGUUUAACUCCUGCAGUAUUGGGAGGUCUUCCUAUUUAUUUGAGGGGCACGUUAUUUAUUUCAGAGGGGCAGAGUUGGAGGCUCUGCAGUAUGGGACCCUGAAGGACUACCCCGCCUGAACUCCGCACGUGAGGUUCCCCGGUUUUUAAAAGUUUCUGACCCCCUCCGACUCCCAAUCCCUUCCUCUUCCGUGCUCUGGACCCCCUUCCUCAGUGCUCCCCAUGGAGCGCUGCUUGCUGAACAGGAAGUGGGAAGGCCUGGCUUGGUUGCUAGUUCUCACCCAGGAGGGGAAGCAGAGCUCAUCUCUUUGGAUGCCGUAGAAACCCCGAGCCUUUGCAUCGAAGGGGGUGGUGAGGUUGAUAUGUGGGGGGGAUUACUGAGCCUCUGUCAUGUGCUUGCCCCCACCUGGAUCCCGUUCCUGGAUGCGGGCCUUCCAGGGGACCAUCUUCCGUCUCCCAGGGCUCUUCCCCGGGACUGGAGCUCUGUCCCGGGGUUUGCAAGAGCAGAGCCUCGUCCGGGUGGAGGAAGGGAGCUGUUGGAAGAGGCUGCCCUCUCCUCUCGGAGCCUCUUAGGAGGAAGCCCAGCGGGGACUCCAGGGGGCCAUCGGUCUACGGCCUUCUCUUGGGACCUAGCCGUUUUCUCUCUUUUGGUACUUUAGGCUUUGGACGAUGUGCACUGAAAGCCAGAGCCCCACUCUCUAACCCCACACCUAAGCCCCAGCGACCUGGGCCUGGAAAUGGCUUUGAGAGCGAGCCUGCUACACAAGGCUGGAAGCGGUGUGAUGCUUCAACAGCUUGCCCUCUUCAGAGGGCACUAGCUGCCCCCUAAGACUCUCCCCUGUCCCCCCACCCCAAUCCCACCUCCCUCGGCCCCUUAGAACAACUCCUUCGCUUACUCCGGAGUCCGGGCAGCGUAAAGGCAACCGGCUCACCGGCAGCUGGGAUUUUUACCUCAGCCCCAACCCAUCCGAACGGACGGGCUCCGGAGGCCGGCCGAUCCUGCCCACGGCACUGCUUGCCCUCACUCCCGUUGCCGGGAGAAGGCUAUCCUGGCUCCGCGCCAUCCUUCCCCUUUACCCCCAGUCUCGUGAGUCAGGGCAGGGUUGGGGUGGAGAGUAUGACUGGAAUUCAGGCCAAGGUUGUUCCUUGUGAUCUGGGGCUCUGCCUGAUACGCCUGGCAGGAGGGUCCCCUGCUUGCUGGGACAUUGUGAGAGGGGAAGGGUCUUCCAGAGGUCCGUUGGACCCCUCAGAGAUGCCCUCAGGCCUCGAACCAUCUCCCUAUCCAGUCGGGUUGGAUUUCCUCCCAUGACCCGCAGAAAGACCCUCUUUUUUUCUGUUUGUUUUUCCACACUGCUCUGAAUUGUUUUUUAUCAUUGCUGUUCGUGAUAACUUAUCUUAAUAAAUCACGUGUUUCCUUUG